UCAACAGAUGCUUAUUCAAUCGGAAAAGUCAACCCGUAUCAGCUUCUGUAUUGCCGUGUUGGAAUUGGUUAUCAUCUACAGAUCCAGCCCAAUGGGACUAUAAGGGGUGUGCAUGAGCCGACUGAGCACAGUUGGUUGAAGGUGUUUGCAGUAAAGCCUGGAGUAGUGGGCAUUCGUGGUGUAAAGAGCAGACUGUAUUUAUGUAUGAAUAAAGAAGGAAUUGCACAAGGAAUGACACAGUUUUCACCAGAUUGUCUAUUUAAGGAGCACCUAGAGGAGAACCACUAUACAACAUAUUCAUCUGCAGCUCAUCCAGGCCUAUACCUGGCCCUGUCCCACCGAGGACAGCUCAGGAGAGGUGACUUGGUGGGUCCACACCAUGUCAGCAGCCACUUCCUGCCUCGCAAAGUCCCGAUGAGCUAAAACAACAUCAGCACUUUAAUAAGCAACUAUACCGCUCCAUAUACACCACGGCUUUUGUUCUGAAGAAGAAUGGGCUGUCUGAACAGAAGAAAUACUUCCACUGAGGUAGAAAACAGAUGCAAGAUUUCUUUUGAAAUACAACAGGCUGAAUAAACCACUGUUUAAUAUGGAUACGGUCAUGUACAGUUCCAGGGUUCUUUGCAAAUUUGCUUCUCUAGGCUUAUUGAUGGAUUGCUGGUACAUGCUUAAAGUGUAUACACCGCAUAGUGUACCAAUGUCCCAAGCGACUCCCGUGCAUGGAUAUUUUGACAAAGAAAUUCAAUCUGUUAAUGAAAGAAAUUAGACUUCUGUACAAGCCCACUCAGAAAGCCGGCUCCAAUGGACAGAGAAAUCACUAUAAUGGAAAGAGAACUGGAAAAAAGACUUUAAAUCUGCACAGGGCAUAUACAGUAGAUUAAGGGACUUUUAGAUUUCACUGGGGGGCACGGGGCUCAAGACUGUUUAAGUAAAACCUUACUCUUAUGUAUGUAUGUAAUUUUAAUAUAUACCAAAAUAACGCACAUACAAACAAAGAAAAAAUAGUCCUCUUAUUUGACAAGGAGGUUUAAGAGGUUCACUUUGCAGCAUGGGACUUGGCAUUGGACCCCAAUUUCCCCCUUCACCUAAGAUCAGGAAAUUGCAAGUCCAGGAC